AGUGCCGGUGCUGCUGCCGCCCCCGGUGCUCCGCUCCCCACCUCCUCCUCGCGCUCCACCGCCGCCGCCGCCCCACCGCCACCAUGGAGGCCAUCAAGAAGAAGAUGCAGAUGCUGAAACUGGACAAGGAGAAUGCCAUAGACAGAGCCGAGCAGGCGGAGGCGGAUAAGAAGCAGGCGGAGGAUCGCUGCAAGCAGCUUGAGGAGGAGCAGCAGGGCCUGCAGAAGAAGCUGAAGGGCACUGAGGAUGAGCUGGAGAAAUACUCCGAGUCUCUCAAAGAUGCCCAGGAAAAGCUGGAACAGGCUGAGAAGAAGGCCACGGACGCUGAGGCUGAGGUGGCUUCUCUGAACCGCCGCAUCCAGCUGGUGGAGGAGGAGCUGGACCGGGCCCAGGAGCGCCUGGCCACCGCCCUGCAGAAGCUGGAAGAGGCUGAGAAGGCGGCAGAUGAGAGCGAGAGAGGCAUGAAGGUCAUUGAGAACAGAGCCAUGAAGGAUGAAGAGAAAAUGGAACUCCAGGAAAUGCAGCUGAAGGAAGCCAAGCACAUAGCGGAAGAGGCUGACCGCAAAUAUGAGGAGGUGGCCCGCAAGCUGGUGGUUCUGGAGGGAGAGCUGGAAAGAGCUGAAGAGCGAGCAGAGGUGGCGGAGAGUAAAUGUGGUGACCUAGAGGAGGAGCUGAAAAUUGUCACCAACAACUUGAAGUCUCUGGAGGCCCAGGCUGACAAGUAUUCCACCAAGGAGGACAAGUACGAGGAGGAAAUCAAGCUUCUAGGGGAGAAACUGAAGGAGGCUGAGACCAGGGCGGAGUUUGCUGAGCGGUCUGUGGCAAAGCUGGAGAAAACCAUUGAUGACUUGGAAGAGCGCUCCCGGCAGGAGGCUGAGAAAAACCGCGUUCUCACUAACGAGCUGCGGGUCAUCCUUACAGAACUUAACAACUGAGCUGCCACAGCUCCUGCCCCAGCCCCUGGGAUGCCCCUGGGAUGCCCCCAGCCCCAGCUGUUUCCCACCCCAUUUUGAUUAGGCUGGUUAGGCUGGCUUGAGGUUGCAAGCCCUGCCCACUCCCCCAUUUGAGUAACUGCCCUGCUUGGUGGUACAGGGAGGCCCUGUGGAGCAGAUGGGAUUUUCUUGGGGGAGGGAUGAGAACUUUUGCCAUGUCCCAGAAUGUCCAUGAGAUGGUGGCUGUCCCCUGGCAUCAGCCUGAUCCCACUGGGGAGGGACACGGUGCCUUCUGUAGCUGCCUUCCUCUCCCUCCCCAGGCAGUCAGCUCUUUCCCAUCCCUCUGGUCACCCCAAACUGAGCAGGGGGAUGCCUUCACAGCAGAAUGCCCUUGCAGCAGAGUGGGCAGAACUCUUGUCCCAUCCCUGUCUCUCACAGAAAGAGGAUACCAUCUGCAAGCGAGCUCUGAAGGAGGCUGCCCCAGCAGUGAGCUCAUCCCUGCAGCCUCGUUAGCUCUGCUCCUUCUCUGCUGUCUUCUCCGCCCGCCUUCCUGGGCUGCUGUCUCACUCCUCUUCUUCACAGAGCACAUGGCUCGUGCAGCAGGCGCUGGCUCUCCUCUUUUGCAGCCAAGGGUUUGUGCACGUGUCUAUUGUAGCUGGUGGUGAUGGCAGGUUGGGGAGAUGGGGAUGUGACGAUGACUGGCUGGAGCAGUACCUGCCAGCAGUCCUCAUGCCACAGAGGGGCUGUCCAUGGGCAACAGGGCACUGUGGGAGGAGGGAGAAGACAAAGAGCAGGGACCACCUGUCCCUGGGGGUCCCAGAGGGUCUGGGCACAUCCCUGCUGGCACCUCACUGAGAUGUCUGUCUGUGUGCGUGUGUCUGUGCUUGGCAUGGUGUGCGUGGGUCCGGCUGUGCCUGGUUAUGCUUGUUCUGUGUGUGUGCAUCUUGCUGUGUGGUUGGGUGUCCCUUGUGUUCACAGAGAGUCUGGCCAGUGCCAAAGAGGAGAAUGUGGGGAUACACCAGGUCCUGGACCAGACCUUGCUAGAGCUGAACAACCUCUGAGCUGCCUGGGGAUCCCUUAUCCCCCUUCCCUACCCUACACGUGCACCCCACUGGCACGCUCAGGACGUCACCAGCUGAAACUGCAUAUUGGCCAAAUACACACAUCCAUUGAGAAGGGAAACCCUGCAGCCUUACACCAUGGCUCGGGGGCGUCUUGUCUGUGCACAGCCUGAAAGGCUUUGUCCUGUCUUCAUGUCCAAAUAUUAAAGCAAUUUAACAAGAA